GCCCUGGGCGGGCCCCAACACCUGCCCCGCGGCCUGGACCCUCGCUGCCCUCACGCAUCCGUAACCCGAAAGGUGUUUUUCAACCGAGGCCCACGGGGAUCCGCCCCUUCUCCUUGCCCCGGCCCCGCGCCCUCAGCGCCCUCGGGCAGGGCUUCCCUACCCCGAGGGAAACGGCGCAGACUGAUGAGAAUGAGCAACUUGGCCAGCACUGCGUAAAGAGGGCUGAGGAGCCAUCGCAGUGAACACCCACCUGCUUUUCCCAGAGCAGUGUAACUGGUCUAUACAGAACAUAACCAGGAAGCCAAGCGGGCAAUUGUCUGUGCUGUUUAUUUUGACGCCAUCAUGGACCAGUAGCACAUUUCCAAGAGGCUCACCUAGGACACACCUGCCUAGGGGUUUUGGCUCCAUAGAAAAAGCUUUUCUUCUGGACUGCAUGGGACAUUCACAGUCUUCACCAGUGGUUGGGAAUGAAACUAAGAGGCCAGCACUGAUUGCAGCAUUGAAGGCAAAUAUUAGGAUGGGUGAACGAGGAUUAGGUCUUAUAAUCAUACAGAAUGGGCCAUAUCUCCAGAUAACAAGCCUUGUUGAGAAAAGCUGUGCAGCUAAUGAAGGAAAGCUAAAACCAGGUGAUGUUAUAAUAAAAGUUGGACAUGCUAAUGUUUUGGGAUGGACUCUGCGAGAGCUUAGACAACUCCCACAUGUUCCUAUAGGAACUACUCUACAAAUCAGAGUUUACAGAGAUUUUAUUGAAGUACCUCUACACUGGCAAAGUGCAGUUGAAUUAAUUCCUGAAAGAAACCUUCCUGUGAUGACAAUAGACACAAAUGAAGAUCCUGCGGACAAAGAUGACACUGGAUGAUGGAGACUGGGAAACUUUUCAGUAUGAAUAUUCCCAGUCAUACUCUUGGGAAUUCACUCAGAAGUUACCAUCAAUAUCCAAAAUUUGGCAGAUCUCUGAUACAGGCCAGACACUCUGAGUAGACACAAUCUUGGUGAUGCUGUACCUCAUGAUGAUGUCGAUGCAUUGAGCAAUCCUAAAUUUGAAGCAAGUGGUGUUAGACCUCCUUCACACUGGGCUAUAGAAAACAAUGUCACUAGUUCCUCUGCCUCCUGCUCUUCUGUAUCAGAUACAUCCUAUGCAGAAGAACUUGCCUUUGUUUCAGAGUAGCUUAAAACUUGAAUUCUUCAAAAUCUUUCUGAAGUUGUAUCAGUUUUCUUUUAAUACAUACCUAGACUUCAAAAAAAAUAUAAACAUUGUAAGAUAUUUGAAAUUAUAUAUUAGCUAUAUAAAGCUGUUUUAGCAAUGCCCUCCCAUCAGAGAUGUCUAUCAAUGCUACUUGUGGAGAAGACACUCACAAACACUACCUCUGCUAAUACCAGACAAGCAGCAGUUGCGAGCUCUAAGAAGGUCUAACAUACUCAUCUUUGUUUGAAGGUAAAUUUCUUCAUUUUCUGGAUAAGGAUGGUGGAGACAGUUUAUCAAGAACUUUUCCUGAACAUAGAAGCAGUGGCAACUACAGUAUUUGUCUGCAUCACAGUGAUCAUUUUUGAUAUACUAUUUUUUACAUAGACUAAAAGUC